AGCAACUACACUAAAAAAAAAAAAAGGCAAACUUUUCUCUUUCUCUCUUCUUCAUGCUCGAGUGCUUGGUCUCGCUCCUUUACAAAAAAAGCUAUGGACCACAACAUCUAAUCUAAUCUAAACAAACAAACAAACACUCCUCUUAAUUAUUCUUUUGAUUCUCAAAUUCUUCUUCGGUUUUUUUCCCUUUCUUUUUGGUUUCAUUGAGUAUGGGUUCGGUGGACUGUUAUCCUUCUCGUACGGACGAUGCUGCCGUGGUGUCUUUGGAUUCGCUGCCUUUAGGGUUCCGAUUCCGACCUACCGACGAGGAACUCGUCAAUUACUACCUGCGACAGAAGAUCAAUGGUAAUGGUCGCCAGGUUUGGGUUAUCCGAGAAAUUGAUGUCUGCAAAUGGGAGCCUUGGGAUAUGCCCGGUUUGUCGGUGGUACAGACCAAGGAUCCGGAAUGGUUCUUUUUCUGUCCACAGGACCGAAAGUAUCCAAAUGGGCAUCGAUUGAACAGAGCGACAAAUAAUGGGUAUUGGAAGGCAACGGGGAAGGAUCGUAGAAUCAAGUCUGGGAAGGAUUUAAUUGGAAUGAAGAAGACUUUGGUGUUCUACACUGGUCGUGCACCCAAAGGGAAUAGGACCAAUUGGGUUAUGCACGAGUAUCGUCCCACUUUGAAGGAGCUUGAUGGUACUAAUCCUGGACAGAAUCCAUAUGUCCUUUGUCGUUUGUUUAAGAAACAUGAUGAGAGCCUUGAAGUUUCACACUGUGAUGAAGCAGAGCAGACUGCUUCCACUCCUGUGGCUUACUCCACAGAGGAAAUACAAUCUGAUCUGGCUGUUGUUGCAGGAUCCCCCUCACAAGUUACCGAAGAUGAUAAGCACCAGGCAAUGAUCCCUGCACACUCUGAGGAAGCAAUAUCCAAUGUUGUAACCCCGGUUGUUUGCCGUAGUGACAGAUAUGAUGCUUGUCAUGCACCAAAUCAAAUUGUAUUACCAACUGCGGAGGAGUUUCAACCAUUGAACUAUUAUGACCCAAGAAACGAGCUAUUGGAUGAUAAAUUAUUCUCCCCUGUAAUUGCACAUAUUCAACCAGAAUUUCAUUAUCAAGCAAACAUCGAAUCAGAUGGUUGGUAUGGGCUUCAAUAUGGUACAAAUGAGACAAACAUGUCAGACUUUUUGAAUUCAGUUGUGAAUUGGGAUCAAGUAUCCUUUGAGGAUCUCAAUUGUCAACAGCAGAGCUACCCCUUGUUUAAUGUUAAGGAUAGCGUAUUAAGCAGCGAUCUAGAUUCUGAACUUGCCAUUAUGACAUGUAUGCAUGCUGGUUCUGCGGAGGGGCCAAAUAACGGAAGGAAACCUUUGGUGAUAACUUCAGAAUUUCGCAGCACCACUGGCAUCCCUGUUGACUGUGGUGGUGACGAGCAAAAAAGCAAUGUUGGGUUAUUUCAAAACAAUUCCCAGAGAGCUUUUACUGAUGUUAAUAUAGGCCAAGUAUAUAAUGUAGUCGAUGAUUAUGAGCAACGAGGAAUCUACAGUGCAGUUGCUAGUGGCAAUACUGGAAUCAUUAGGAGGCAUCGUGAGGUACAAAAUGAACAGCUAAGCUCAAAUUCAACCCAAGGUACUGCACAGAGAAGAAUUCGUUUGUCAAUGGCUACACAUGGCUCAAAUAAGAUGGUGAAAAGUGGAAGUUGUGCACAAGAAGAGCUUAAUUUAAAAUCCGUCAUUGCUAUGGAGGAGAAAGCUUCAGAAAGCCAUAUUUCUGAUGAAAGUUCUACUCUUACUAAUGACGGGAAUGAACUGCCGAAGACAUCCAAAUCAUCCGGCAAAAGAAAGAUUUCUCGACAAGCUACAAAAGCAGGCUCAACCUUGGGGUUGAAAGACUUUUUAUUGCUCAGAAGGGUGCCUUACAUUUCGAAGGCUUCCUCAAAUCGUGCCAAGUGCUCUUCUGUUUUUGUAGUUUCUGCCUUUGUAAUGGUCACCUUAGUGGUCUUUACUGACAUCUGGGGAUAUCUUAAAUUUUAAACUGCUAGGAGAUCAUUCCUUUGUUGUUUUUUUUGCCUCCAUUUCUUUUUUGGGCCAUGAGUGGAGGUAUGUAGGGUCUUCUUAGAUUUGUUGAUAGUUCAAUUUAUAGGUGAGUGCACUUGUAGUUGGUAUAUGUAUGCUCACCUGGUUGGCUUGUCUGUUUCUGUUGCUGUACAUCAUGUAUACAUUUUUUUUUCCAACUUUUUAUCACCUGCUUUUAAGUUUGUGGCUUCUCUAUUUCAAAAAACAAAGGGUGAUAGAAAGACAAAAAUAAUGGCUGGAAAUUUUGAAUUACAUGCGAGUGUUUUGAA